ACAUCCGUGAAAUGUCUCCCUCUGUAACCACAAAAAUGGACAAUUAAUGGUUAUUUUGUAACGUGCACUACCAAAUCAACUUAAGAAGAAGUUAAAUAAAUAGUUUUAUUAACUUGUUAUACAUAAUUACAGAAAUUGUUUGAAUAUGUUUGAAAAAUAUCAGCUUUUGUAUUUUAAUAAAAGAGGUGGAGGGGAGAUUAUUCGGUUAGUAUUUGUAACAGCUGGGAUUAAAUAUGAAGAUAUUAGAUUCAGUAUGGAAGAAUGGCUAAAAAUCAAACCAGAUAUGCCGAUGAAUUGUUUACCAUGUUUGAAAAGUAUAAAAGGAGACCAAACGAUUACCUACUGCCAAUCAGGAGCUAUUGCAAAAUAUCUAGCAAGAAAAUUUGACCUAUACACUGAUUGCGCAGACGACAAUUUACUUAUCGACGAGAUGUAUGACAGCGUUGGUGACGUCAGAAGUGUCUUUGUACAAAGCCAUAUGUGCAAAGACGAAACAGCAAAGAAAGAAGUAAACAAGAAACUGGUUACAGAAACAAUACCGAAGUUUGCCACUUUCUGUAAAUCAAGAAUGAACGAUUUUGGUAGUGGUGGAUUUAUUAUUGGAUCAAAGUUAACCCUUGCUGACCUUGCUGUGUUUAACAUGAUUGAUAGCUGUGUAGAGAUGGGACUUGAAUCACUAUGGAAACCGAACCAGUUUUUACUCGACCAUCGGCAGCAUGUGAUGACAAACAGUAAUAUUGCUAAAUGGUUACAAAUCCGGCCCAAAACGGAAGUUUAGACAAGUUUUACGUUAAAACGGAUCUUCUAGUGUUGUAUAGCAAAAAACAAACAAACAAAAAACAUGCAGUUCAUAUAUGCAACGUGUUUUAAAUGUGUAUAGUAUACACCAAGAUAGGACUAUUAAUAAGUUGUUUGCCGUUGGGGGUAUCACAAGUAAUUAUUUUCUCGUACCAUCAGAAAAUUAAUAUAGGUUUCUCUAUUUAAUGGGAGACAAUCGUGUUAAAAAUUCAUCGUUAUACUACAUAUAUUUUCUCCCCUGUCAAUGUUUUAUACAGGAACACAGUUAAUUAACAAAAAUGAAAAAGUAAUGAAAAUGUGUACCAUGUCCAGGAAAGAGGAUUACUGUGAAAAUGCUUUUUCUUUUAUACUCAUAUAUACAUGCUAAUAAUGGUGCUGUUGCUUCUAUGCU